GUGAGAGAAAUAGACCUUUUUUUUUUCUGGCUAAACCUAAACAGUGGCACAUGCACAGUUGUAGUACAAAUGAACAAUGAUGUUGACUUUUGCACCUAAAACUAGAGGCAGAGAUAUGCAGAGGUACAAGAGUACCAUACCCUACAUAUAUAUGCAUAAUAAAAGAGAAAACUUUCUUCUAUAUAUGACCAUAAAGAAGCCACAUUUCAAUUCAAUUCAAUUUCAAAUUAUAGUCCUACACUAUUGGACUUUUUACUACUUUGCAUUAUAUUUAAUGUCCUUGUUGGGUAAUCUGUCACUAUCUUAGACCUCAAUUACUCAUCAACCCCAUUUGAGAUCUCAUCUACCCCUAUAUUAUCCUCCACCCCUUUUAUUUUUUCUUGGUGAACCCCAUUGAUUAUUAGACCCUUGUUAGAAAUUUGUGACCUUUACUUAUAUAUUUGAAGCCAUGGAACUUAGUAAAUCAGAGUUAGAGGAGAGGAUGAAAGUGCUGACAAUGGGGACAGCAGAAAAUGAAGACGAAGAAGUGGGUGACACAUUUGCAGAGAGAGCUGAGUCUUAUUACCAAAAGAGGCCUCAGUUACUUGCCCUUUUGCAAGAUUUAUACAAUGGCUACGUCACUUUAUCUGAUAGGUACAUUCAAACACUUGCAAAGCAGAAACAACAGCAAAACUUGAAUCACCAUAGCAGGCACUCUUCACAGGUUUCAACACUUGAUGGAGGAGGGUUUUCUGACCAAGAAGAAAGUAGCAUUGGGGUAACAAGCAAUGUUGAUUAUUCGGAUACCGAAAGCGCAAUCUCGUACCAACCACAAUCCAAUGUGGUGAAGUUGAAGCAUGGGAAUUCAAGCAUGAGUCCAAUUCUUGAUCUUGAUGUCAUUGUUGCUGAGCUUGUGAUGAAGAAUGUGGAGUGUGAUGUGAUGGUUCAUGAGGUUGGUGCAAUGGAGAGGAAGUACUGCGAAUCGUCGCGGAAGAACGAGCUUCAGAAGAGUCUACUUGAGGUUUUGGAGUCUGAGAGGCUUGUUUUGUUGAAUGAGAAUGCUAGUUUGAGUUAUAGGGUGAACACAUUGGUGGAGGAGAACAAGGAACUUGUGUCCGAAUCGGCUUUCGUGAAGCGCAAGGCAGGGGAAUUGGCGAAAUGUGUGCUCAAGAUGAGGGAGGAUCAUAGGGUGUUUAUGCUGCAUAGGAAGAUUGAGGAUCUUCAGGCUCAGAUUCAUGGAUUGGAGAAGAGGAACAAGGAGUAUUAUGAGAGGCUUCUCAAGAGAGAUAACAAUGGUGUUGGUGAUGAUGGAGUAUGCAAAGGGAAUAAUAACAAUAAUAAGAACAACGAUGUUGGUGGCAAUGGAAUAUCUUUGGAGGUUCGUGUUCUCAGAAGGUUCAAGUGGAAAGAUGUUGGAAGUGUUUCUUCUUCUUCUUCUUCUUCUACUGGUUCUGUUUCUGGAAGGAGCUUUGAUGAUCUCAAGAAGAAUAAGAAUAAGAAAGGAACUAGUUUGUGGAAGAAGCUCAAGAACAUGGACUUGAUUCUCUGUGGGAUGAAUCCAACAUGUGCUUGAUCACUUGCCAUUGGUUUGCGUUUUCAUUUUCAGUUUUUCUGGUUUCAAAAUUCUAUGGAGGAAAAAGAGAAAAAAAUAUUUCACUUGUUUUUUCUUUUUUUUUUUCUUCGUUGAAUCUUGAAAAUAGAAAAUAUUAAAAAUGAAAAUAGAAAAUGAAAACGCAAAUUUAGCGCAAUUAAACUACCAAAUUAACCCUCCGAAUUAACCCUCCCAAGAUUAUUGGCCUAAUAUAGUUUCUUAGAAUUUAGAAACUAUAAUCUUGGAGACUGGUUUGAUAGUUUACUUAGAAUCAAAAUAUGUAUACUUUUUAGUUCUUUUACUAAAUGUACUUACUUAUUAGUGUUAACAAGCCUUGGUGUAUAUUCCAAUGUGAGGUCUAUGAGUACCUCUUAGCUAAAGUUAAUCCUUAAUGAUUAAACUAAUUGUAGAUUAGGGAACAUUAUAUUAGAGGCAAUGCUUUUUUGCCUCUACUAUUUAUUAGCUUAUCUAAUUGUGCUAUUGCUGUUUA